UCCUUGCACAUUACCUCUGUCAUCAGGCUUGGAUAUUGAGGAAGGUUCCACUGCUCUGCUGCUCCUGCCGCUGCUACAGCCGCCUUUUUGCUGCUCGUUGUGUAUAUGUAUUUGUGUGUGUCCGUGUAGGUGCGUGCGUGCGUGUGUGUAUGUGCGUGUGUAUGCGCGCGUGUGUGUGUGGACGCCUGAGGAACUGAAAUGCCAGCAUUGGGCUACCUCCAGGGAGAGCCUCUCCAUCCUACGAUGUGAGCCAGCCAGCACUACUGUGAGAUCAGGGAAAAGCUGCAUCCAUCAAGCAACGGGCCUCCAGUGAAAUAGGCGCAAUCCAACGGGAGGGGAGAUAUAAAAGAAAAAAGAAAAAAAGAAAUUAUUCUUUGCCGCUGUGGAGUGAGGGGAUUGUCGUCAUCCCCCCAUCCAUCCUUUUUUUUUUCUCUCUGUGGUGCCCCCUCCUUCCUCCUUCGCCUUCAAUCUCAUUUUUCCCCCUCAUUCUUCUAGAGGCGCUCGUUGGAAUAUCAAACCUCCAUGUAUGACAAUUUGUACCUGCAUGGAUUUGAAGACUCGGAGGCGGGCUCAGCUGAUUCAUACACUAGCAGACCAUCAGACUCAGAUGUCUCUCUGGAGGAGGAGCGGGAGGUGCAGGCUCAGGUCCAGAGCCAGAGCCCAAGCCAGAGCCAAGGACCGGGACAGAGCCGCCAGGAGAAGGAGCAGCAGGCCGCCGCUCAACUGGAAAGAGCCAAGACCAAACCUGUGGCUUUCGCUGUGAGGACCAACGUCAGCUAUUGCGGCGCACUGGAUGAGGAUGUUCCAGUACCAGCCACCGCCAUCUCCUUUGACGCCAAGGAUUUCCUCCACAUAAAAGAGAAGUUCAACAACGACUGGUGGAUCGGUCGGUUAGUGAAAGAGGGCUGUGAGAUCGGCUUCAUCCCCAGCCCUCUGAAGCUCGAGAACAUCCGUCUCCAGCAGGAGCAAAAGAGAGGACGUGUCCAAGGUAAGUCUGGAGGGAACUCUUCUUCCAGUGUAGAGGAUGAGGUUUCAGCCUCUAUCCGGCCCCUCAUAUCCUCGGCAGGAAAACAGAAACAGAAAGUGACGGAGCACGUCCCCCCGUACGACGUGGUCCCCUCUAUGAGGCCUGUGGUGCUGGUCGGACCCUCGCUUAAGGGUUACGAGGUUACGGACAUGAUGCAGAAAGCGCUGUUUGACUUCCUCAAGCACAGAUUUGAUGGCAGGAUAUCUAUCACACGAGUAACGGCAGAUAUUUCAUUAGCUAAGAGGUCUGUUCUGAACAACCCCAGUAAACGGGCCAUCAUCGAAAGAUCCAACACUCGCUCCAGCUUAGCUGAGGUGCAGAGUGAAAUUGAGAGGAUCUUUGAGUUGGCCCGCUCCCUGCAGCUGGUGGUGCUGGACGCCGACACCAUCAACCACCCGGCUCAGCUCCUCAAGACCUCCCUGGCCCCCAUAAUUGUUCAUGUCAAAGUCUCCUCGCCAAAGGUCCUGCAGAGGCUGGUCAAGUCCAGAGGGAAGUCCCAGAGCAAACACCUGAAUGUCCAGCUCGUGGCAGCCGACAAAUUGGCCCAGUGUCCUCCAGAAAUGUUCGACAUCAUCCUGGACGAGAACCAGCUGGAGGACGCCUGUGAGCACCUCGCCGAAUACCUCGAGGCCUACUGGAAGGCAACCCACACCUCGUUGGCGACGCCCCUGAACCCCCUGCUGGGGCGCAACCUGGGCCCCACCACCCUGACCCCCUACCCCACCACCAUCUCUGGACUGCAGAGCCAAAAAAUCCGCCAGAGCAACAACACGGGAGACCACUCCACCCCGAACGAGCGGCGCAACCUGAUGACAUCGGACGAAAACUAUCACAACGAGCGGGCGCACAAGGGACGCAACCGCAUGUCCUCUGGCUCCCAGCACAGCCGGGACCAGCAGGACCACUACCAGGACUACCAGGACCCCUAUCAGGAUGCAUACAAGCCACACCGCAACCGCAGCUCACCGGGCAGCUACAGCCAUGACUCCCGGCACCGGCUCUGAGCUCACGUCCGCCCCCCCCCCGCCCUCCACCAGGGCCCCGAUGGCCCCCGACCUCGAGAUAAACGCUGCAACAGAGCCAAGACGAUCCCAAAUUGUACCUUCUGUUUUCUUUUGGUUUGAUAACUUUUGUCCACCUGGCUAUCUUUAUCUUCUCUUUACAAGGUUUUGGUUUUAAUCAAGCUGCCGGCGGGUGGGGG